AUGGCGAACCUGGUCUUAUCAGAAUGUGGAAUAAGACCACUCCCCAGAAUCUACACCACACCCAGAUCCACUUCCCUCUCUUACAACAAACCCACCUACUUCAAAUUCCGACAAUCCCCUUCUUCCAAAACAUCUUCUUCUCUCAAGUUUGGUCUGAAUUCUCGAAACUGGGCGUUGAAUGUGACCACACCUUUAACAACAGUUGACUCCUCCUCUCUUCCAAUAGAGGAGGAAGAGCCCCAAACGCAGAGAUUCGACCCAGGCGCGCCUCCUCCGUUUAACUUAGCUGACAUCAGAGCAGCUAUACCUAAGCAUUGUUGGGUUAAGAAUCCAUGGAAGUCUAUGAGUUAUGUUGUGAGAGAUGUUGCGAUUGUAUUUGCGUUGGCUGCUGGAGCUGCUUACCUUAACAAUUGGAUUGUUUGGCCUCUCUAUUGGUUUGCUCAAGGAACCAUGUUCUGGGCUCUCUUUGUUCUUGGCCAUGACUGUGGACAUGGUAGCUUCUCAAAUGAUCCGCGGUUGAACAGUGUAGUGGGACACCUUCUUCAUUCCUCAAUUCUGGUUCCUUACCAUGGCUGGAGAAUUAGCCACAGAACUCACCACCAGAACCAUGGUCAUGUUGAGAACGAUGAAUCUUGGCAUCCUAUGUCUGAGAAAAUCUACAAGAGUUUGGACAAACCGACCAAAUUCUUUAGAUUUACACUACCUCUCGUGAUGCUCGCUUACCCUUUCUACUUGUGGGCUCGAAGUCCAGGGAAGAAGGGUUCUCAUUACCAUCCAGACAGCGACUUGUUCCUCCCUAAAGAGAGAAAUGAUGUUCUUACUUCCACUGCUUGUUGGACUGCAAUGGCUGCUCUGCUUGUCUGUCUCAACUUUGUGAUGGGUCCAAUGCAAAUGCUCAAACUUUAUGUAGUUCCGUACUGGAUAAAUGUAAUGUGGUUGGACUUUGUGACUUACCUGCAUCACCAUGGUCAUGAAGAUAAGCUCCCUUGGUACCGUGGGAAGGAAUGGAGUUACUUGAGAGGAGGACUUACAACAUUGGACCGUGACUACGGAGUUAUCAACAACAUUCAUCACGACAUUGGAACUCAUGUGAUACAUCAUCUUUUCCCUCAGAUCCCACAUUAUCAUCUAGUAGAAGCAACAGAAGCAGCUAAACCAGUAUUAGGGAAGUAUUACAGGGAGCCUGAUAAGUCUGGACCUUUGCCAUUACAUUUAUUGGGAAUCUUAGCUAAAAGCAUUAAAGAAGAUCAUUUUGUGAGCGAUGAAGGAGAUGUUGUAUACUAUGAAGCAGAUCCUAAUCUCUAUGGAGAGGUCAAGGUAACAGCAAAUUGA